AUGAAUAACUAGUCUUCAAAAUCUGUGAGAUUCAAUGAAGGCCAUAAAAUUUUAUAGCCUGUAAAUACAAAUACUACUAGUACAGGGUCAAGUAAAUUAACCAAAGUGACGUCAGCUAUUCAAGAGUUGAGAACAUCUUUUAAUAAUCAAGCAUAAAAGUUAACAUCUUCAAGGGUGUCAGAUUAAUUGAAUGAAUCCGUGGCUACAGUAACAAGAAGUCCUGGACAUUCAUGUGCUCCAAGUUAUUGCUAACCAUGUUAGCCAAUGUGUCAACCAAUGUGUUAAUCUGUCUGUUAACCAUAAUUUGGUUUUUAACAAUAACAAAUGUGCUCACCUCAGGCUUACGUGGUUUAGGGAGGGAGUGAUUAAAGACAUUUGGAAAAAGAGAUAAAGAAGUUGAAAAAAAAGAAUAAGAAGUUGAAAGAAAGCAAAGAAGAAGUAAUAGUGUCGACAAUAGCUGAAACUCCAAAAAGAUAAAGACCGUAAUAGCAUGUGUAAGAUCCAGAAAUAGAUACAAUAAAAAGAGAAAUUUAAGAGAUGGAAAGAAUCAUAAAAUAAAUGGAAUAAUAGCCAAAAUAAUAAAGCAACUCAGAGAUAGAGUUAUAUUUGGAAGACAACAAGAAGUGCUUGAAGAAGAUGUGUAAAAAGAUUAAAUCUCUUGAGAAGGAACUUUAUGAAGUAGGUAGAUAAAGGGAUGAAGCCUUAAUAAUAAAGCAGUAGUUGGAGAGAGAAAAUCAAGAAAUGUUUGAUAGAAUAGGGGAAUUAGAAUCACUACUCAAGGUGGCUGAUAAAAAAGUAUUUGACUUAACAGUCUAAUUAGAAAGAUAAAAUGGGUAUGUAAAGCAAUUGGAGGAUGAAGUCGAGAGGUUGAGAAAGAAGAAGAAGAAGAAGCAAAUUGAGAUUUAAGAAAGAGUGGUUGAAAAGAUUGUAGAGAAACCUGUAGAAGUAAUAAAAACAGUCCAUGUCAACCAACCUCACCAAGUGUAAGAAGUGAAACCAGUUGAAAUCAUUAAGGAAGUGAUUAAAGAAGUGCCAUCAGAACCUAAAAUUGUGGAAAAGAUUAUUGAAAUUCCAAAAAUUGAAUAUGUUUAUCAACAAGUUCCUUAGUAUAUUGAAGUUCCCAAAUUGCAAACUAUUGAAGUGCCUGUAGUUUAAAGAAUUGAAGUUCCUUACGAGGUCCCUUAUUAUAGAGAUGUUCCUUAUGAAGUGAUUAAAGAAGUUCCUUAUGAAGUUGUCAGAGAAGUGAUCAAGGAAGUGCCAUAUGAGGUGAUUAAAGAAGUCAUCAAAGAAGUGCCCUAUGAGGUCAUAAAGGAAAUUCCUGUUUAUAUUGAAGUGCCUGUGGAUAGAAUAGUAGAGAGGAGAGUCGAAGUGCCUGUUGAGAGAAUAGUUGAAGUUCCUGUUGACAGAGUUGUAGAAGUACCUGUGCCAUAUGAAGUGCCUUAUCCUUAUGAAAGAGUGGUCGAAGUGCCUUAUGAACGAAUAGUGGAGGUGCCUAGAGAUAGAUAUAUGGACAGAUAUAUAGACAGGCCUGUAGAUAGAUAUGUAGAAGUGCCUGUAGAAAGGAGAGUGGAAGUUCCUUAUGAAAGAAUUGUAGAAGUUCCAUAUGAAAAAAUAGUUGAAGUUCCAGUUGAGAAGAUAGUUGAAGUGCCAGUUGAAAAAAUAGUAGAAGUUCCUGUGGAUAGAUUUGUUGAGAGAUAUGUAAGGGAUGAUGCAGAAUUGGAAAUGUUGAAUAUUGAAAACAGAGAAUUGCAAAGAAUCAUUGGCAUUUGGGAAGAUAGAGCUAAUAAAUUGGAGAAUGAAAUUAUUAAAGAGAGAAGAAUCUCUGAUAAACUCAGAUUUGAUAUCGAAGAACUAGAAUAUAUGGUAGAAGAUGGUAGAUCUUUCAACAACCAAUAAUAAGAACAAUUUAGGAGAUACUUAAAGGAGUUAAAAUCAAAAUAUGAAAGCAAAAUCAUCGAAGCUAGAAAAGGAGUGGUUAUUAAACAUCAUGUUAUUCCUACAGAGGUGCAACAAACAGUUAUCCAAUAACCUAUAUCAACUGGCAUUUCCUAAAAUUUGCCUCAAUUCGGUGGUUAAAUGCUCAACUAAUGA